AUGACGUCAUCACACCUGGACCUGGCGGUGAUGGAGAUGCUGAACGUAAAGCCGGUGACGUCAAAGUUGGAUCUCUGCGAAGGCAAUCCUAUCACAAAAUCAGGCAAGCGGAUCCAGAUGCAGAGGAUGAUUUGUAUUACCAUAUUGCCCAGCCUGGUUCUGCUGGGGCUCAGUGGGAGCAUCGCAGUACAGACGGGGCUGGAGUACGUCAGGGCAGUCGAACUCCUAUCGAUAAUCCGCCAGAGUGUGGAACAAGGAGAACUCAUCAAGAACCUUCAGGACGAGAGAGAUUUGAGUGCUCUGUAUGUCAGCUUACUCGGGGACGAAAACAAGGAUAUUCUAGUCCAGCAAUACCCUGUCACAGACGCAACUUUGGUCGGACUUACUUUCUGGCCAGAACUGGACACACCCUCAGCCGCUUACAAGACAAGAAUGAAGUUCUUGAACCAUCUGAACAGACACCGUUACCAGCUAGACUCGCUGUACCCCGUGUACCACGCCAAUGCCAACGUCCACGAGGAGAUUUCUUUUUACUCAGACAUCAUUACCCUGCUUAUCCGCUGGCUUUAUCAGAUGGCCACAGAGGUUGGUUCCGGGGAGGUCUGGAAACGACUCGUGGCGUCCAUUGAGUUGACAACUGCCAAACAACACCUGGGUAUCGAGCGUGCUCUGGGAGGCUUGUUCUUCGCCCAGGGUGGGUUCGAAAACCCUGAGGAAUACACCCUGUACAUCAAACAUCAAGACAUCGCCAACUCCUCUAUCUACUCAGCCAUGAGGUAUUACCACUUGGUGGAGGACUUGUUCGACGAGUCUCUGAUGUUCAACAACUCGGUAUUUGCAAACAUCCAGAGCAUGCGAUACAUCAUCACAGAGAAAGCGUUCGAGCCGCGAGAUCCAGACCUUGAAACGGGACAUUGGUGGAUUGGCAACAUGAGCGUCGAGAUUAACACCAUAGCCCAGAUCCAGCGGACCUUGGCCAUGGGGAUGUUGGACAGUCUUACUGAGAGGCAACAUAAGGAUGGAGUGAGCUUGGCGGGAGAGUCGAUGGUCGUGUUCAUUGUCCUGUUGCUCUUCCCUAUUAUCAUCAACUCUGUGUAUGGGCUGACUACACAGUUACAGAGUUACUCCUUUGUUUUGGCACAAAAGACAAAGGCACUGAACAAAGAGAAGAAGCGCGGGGAGUGGUUACUUCACCGUAUGUUGCCACGGACAGUGGCGGAGCAGCUGAGGAGACAGGAACCAGUGGCCCCCGAGGUGUAUAAAGACGUCUCGGUGUUCUUCUCUGAUAUAGUCGGCUUUACAGAAAUAUCGUCAACAAGUUCUCCAAUUCAAGUUGUGAUCAUGCUUAACAAUCUGUAUCGCACUUUUGACGACAGAAUUGAAAAAUAUGACGUGUACAAGGUAGAAACCAUCGGCGACGCAUACAUGGUGGCAUCAGGCGUACCUGAAAGGAACGAAGGACGCCAUUCCUCCGAGAUUGCCACUAUGGCACUGGACCUCCUGGACGUCAUAAGUCAGUUGGAGAUCCCUCACAUGCCCGAGCAGACAUUCCGCGUCAGAAUAGGAAUCCACACAGGGGCUGUCGUCUCUGGUAUCGUUGGCGCCAAGAUGCCCCGUUACUGUUUGUUUGGGGACACGGUUAGCAUUGCAUCUCGUAUGGAGUCUUUAGGAAGACCUUCUCGAGUCCACAUCAGUCAACCGACAUACGAUGCACUGACGGAGACCGGGGGGUUUGUUAUGAAGCAACGCGAGGAAAAAGUUUUACAGGUGAGAGAGGCAUCAGAACCCGAAUGA